CAACGGCCAAUAGACUGAGAUAUCGCCUACGCGUGGAACCAGCCUGGCAAAAACAAGCAUCACCGCCCGUGGUACGUCCCAGGGCCAAUGGGCUGACAGGCCAGGCUAUGACGCCAGAGAGGAGAAGAUCUUUUCCGUACCUGAACCAUCAAACCGCCGACAAUGCUGAUAGAUGUCUUUGACGGCACUAUUGACGGCACUGUUGACUGUCCUCUUCAACGUCAUAAUACUGACUACUGCGAAGACGUUGUGCAUGUGAUGGAGAUGGAAAUAAGUAUAGAUCGGCGGCUAUAAAGGCCUUCGAUCCCACAUUUGUUCUACCACGCAUUCCAGGCCAAUUUAAGCAUUGUCUAUCUGAGUGACAGUGGGGCUUGAUACACUAAUUUCAUGGCUUUUUCUGCUUGCCUCCUUUAUACCUACAUAACCACUUUGACGGAUCUCCUGCACCGUCCAUCACAAUGACCAGCUCUGACACCCAGCUCAACGACCACCCCAACGAUAAACCCAACACAGACCAAGAAGGGUUCGACGAGAAGAAGACCGCAUGCCCACCAGACAACAAGAACAUUCAACGCCGACAUUCCGAGUCCGACCAUCCGACCACCUCACAAACCGAACACGCAUCGCAGCGUUCCUCCGACAGCGAUGGAUCCUCCUCCCGCAAAUCCCGACCCGACGGAACGCGGGAGCUCAGCGAGGACGACUGCUACGACAAGCUGGGCUUCUCCUUCCCGUGGUACAAGAAAUGGACGAUCCUGACGGUCAUCUUCAUGGUGCAGAUGUCCAUGAACUUCAACACGGGCGUGUACUCGGACGCCCUGACCGGCAUCGAGGAGACCUUCGGCGUCAGCGCGCAGGCGGCGCGGGUGGGCCAGAUGAUCUUCCUGGUGGCGUACGCGAUCGGCUGCGAGCUCUGGGCGCCGUGGAGCGAGGAGUUCGGACGGUGGCCGAUCAUGCAGCUGAGUCUGUUCCUGGUCAACAUCUGGCAGAUCCCGUGCGCGCUGGCGCCGAACUUCGGGACGAUCGUCGUCUGCCGGUUCCUGGGUGGGUUGAGCUCCGCCGGGGGAUCGGUCACGUUGGGCAUGACGGCGGAUAUGUGGGAGGCGGACGACCAGGGGUUCGCGGUGGCGUACGUGGUGCUCUCCUCGGUGGGCGGGUCGACCAUCGGGCCCGUCUUCGGGGGGUUUAUCGGCCAGUACCUGACCUGGCAGUGGGUGUUCUGGGUGCAGUUGAUCUUCGGUGGCUUUACGCAGGUGCUGCAUCUGUUACUGAUGCCGGAGACGCGCGCCACCGUGCUCCUCGACCGGGAGGCCAAGCGCCGACGCCAGUCGGGCGAGGAGGAGGUCUACGGCCCGAACGAGCUCAAGACGAACCGUCUCGAAUUGCGCGAGAUUCUGCGGAUCUGGAGACGACCAUUCGAGAUGUUUUUGCGCGAGCCCAUCGUCUUGUUUCUGUCGCUGCUCUCCGGGUUCUCCGAUGCGUUGAUUUUCACCUUCACGGAAUCGUUCACCCUCGUCUUCGACCAGUGGGGCUUCAACACCCUGACCAACGGCCUGGCGUUCUGCGCCAUCCUGCUCGGAUACAUAAUCGCGUACCUCAUCUUCCUCCCGGAUAUCUGGCGGCAGCGCAGGAUCCGCCAGAAAGACGGCUCCGCGGCGCGCCUGGCCGAACGACGUCUACUCUUACUGCUAUUCCUCGCGCCCCUCGAACCGAUCGGCCUCUUAGGAUUUGCAUGGACGUCGAUCGGCCCCGCGUACGCGCCGUGGAUCGCCCCGUUGAUUUUUGCGUGUCUGAUCGCCAUCGCCAACUACGCGAUCUACAUGGCGACCAUCGACUACAUGGUCGCCGCUUACGGGCCGUACUCCGCCUCCGCGACGGGGGGCAACGGGUUCGCGCGGGACUUCCUGGCAGGCAUCGCGACCAUGUACGCGACGCCGCUGUACGAGAACAUCGGCGGGAAGUUCCACCUGGCGUGGGCGUCGACGCUGCUGGGGUGCAUUGCGGCACUGGUGGCGGUGCCGAUCUACAUCUUCUACUGGAAGGGGCCGGCGAUCCGGGCGCGGAGUAAAUUCGCGCAGACGCUGGCGGCGGAUCGCGAGAAGCACGCGGGACGGCGGGCGAGUCGGUUGCGGGAGGAGGAGAUGCCGUAUGCUGUAUAGUUGCAGUGUCAUGUAUCCAUAGCUUCUGGAUAGUAUAGCAG